AAAAGGACUCCGGGGAGAAAGCAGAGUUAGUAACGUGUGAUUGAGAGAUGAAAAUUCAUCCCUAAGGAGAGAAAAAAAGAGGAGAUAGGUGCUCAGUGCAUCCUAAAACGUCCCCCGGCAGCUAUAAGCCUAUAGCAGCAUAUCAAGGGGCUGGACCAGGUGAACCUGAUUCAGCCCUAACUAUAAGCUCUGUCAAAGAGGAAGGUCUUAACUCCACUCUUAAACGAGGUGACUGUGUCUGCCUCCCGGACUGAAAUUGGAAGCUGGUUCCAUAAAAGAGGAGCUUGAUAACUAAAGGCUCUGGCUCCCAUUCUACUUUUUAAGACUCUAGGAACUACAAGUAGUCCUGCAUUUAGUGAGCGUAGCUCUCUAGUGGGGCAAUAUGGUACUACAAGCUCCUUAAGAUAUGAUGGUGCAUCACCAAUCAAGGCUUUGUACAUUAAGAGAAGAAUUUUAAAAGUGAUUCUUGAUUUUACUGGGAGCCAGUGCAGAGCAGCUAGUGCAAGAGUGAUGUGAUCUCUUUUCUUAGUUUUAGUGAGAAUACGAGCUGCAGCAUUCUGGAUCAACUGGAGGGACCUAAGAGACUUAUUAGAGCAGCCUGACAAUAAGGAGUUGACCUAAGAGACUGUCGUGUAUUUUGCAUUACAGCUCUUAAAGAUUCCAGAGGCCCACAAGGUGUCCAUGGUAUAGAAUACCAUUGCUUAGAGCUGGACCAGAUGGUUUACAUUAGGUAGCAUGAGAUCAUGGGAGGGGGGGCUAGAAGCCCGCUCGAAUCCAUUGCCAGCCCAUAGAUUCGAACAUGACGCCUCCUCUUUCCUCUGUCUAUAUAACCCGUGACAACAUGAUAAACCAUUGAACUUUCUCAUCCGGACCCUGAAAGUUUCCAGUCAUUCUAGAUGUCUGUCUUCGGCCUGUACCUUGUAGAAUAAACUUUGUGUUCUUAUCAAGUACCGUGUCGCUCGAAACUUCUUCUCCAUCAUCUCAAGGGACAUGAAAUAACCCACAUAUUUGGCAUCACGAUUAUACAAUAUUUGGCGUCCGAACAGACCCGGAUGGAUAGACCUGCAGCAUCAUUCACAUUCUCUCACGGAGUAGAGGCGUUGACAUCAAGGAGCCAGUCCAGGGCGUGGCCGCUGACUGACGUGCUGACUGACGUGCUGACGUCACCGAUGUGCAGCUGAUGAAAAAGAGGCCUGUACUAACUUUGCACAAACUCCUUGAGCAACAAACCCUGCAUUUGUCAUAAUUAGACUUUUGAGAAUAUCGAUCUGUUUGCAUAACACAUGAAGACUAAAUGCUGUAGUCAGUUUUAAAAGAAGAAUAACUAAAUAAAUAGAAGGCUUGGCAGCUGAUUGAUCAUUGGUUAAUUGGUUGAUUAAUUUAAUUGGUUAAUUGAUUUAAUUUGUUAAUUGAUUUAAUUGAUUAAUUAAUUAAAAAUACAGAAUAAAGACAAAUAAAAACAGAAUAAUGGGAAAAAAGGGCGCUGACAAUCCAAAGCUGAUUACUCCUGUCGAUGUAGUGCAAAGGAAUAAUCCUUUAAUCAGCAGCGUCACAAACGUUGCGAAGAUAUCUGAGAAAUGGUCUAAACGAUGGCCUCAAAUUGACCAGCCGUGGCCCUUGGAGGGGACACUUAAUCCCGAUGUAAUUAAAAUAAUGCAUGUACUUGUAUCUACCUACAAGGCAGAACAGAAGAAGGGAAACCAGGGAAGGAAACGCAAAGAAAAGAGACAACUCGAGCUUGGAGUUCUCAAGUUAUUUGCAGAUGAGGGACAGAAAAUGAUUGCAGCUGCAUCUGUAAUGUAUCCCAAGACAGUCUGUCCUCAGGUCCCAGUGUCCAGUCAGAAGGGGCGUCCUCAGAUCAGUGACGAGAGUGAUCAGGAAGAGGUCAAGGGGGGUUGCGACCCCAAAGCCAAGUGGAGCAGAGCAAAAGAGGCAGACGACAGCGAGGAGGAAGACAGCGAUGAAGAAGACUCCCAGAUGACUUUGAGUGAGGUCAGAGAGUUGCAGAUAAGAAAGAGAGAGUUACUGCAAUCUAAUAAAGUGUCAGCACCAGGAAGCAUGUUCCCAGUGAUCAUCAGAGAACAAGGUUUUGAAUAUAGACCAUUGCAGAGCACCGAUAUGUCAGCCAUACUUGAGAAGCUUCCCAUUAUCGAAGAUGGAGCGCAUCCUUGGAUUGCAAAACUAGAACAGAUUUUGGUCGGAGAUCUUCCUGCGAUGGGGGAUAUUAAGAAGCUACUGGCUAAUGUCGUUGGCGUUUACAGUAUGGAAGACAUUUUAGAGAAAGCUGGACUUAAUCAAUAUGUAGGAACAAGUGUGAAUGAUUCAGACCUGUUUGCUGCGAGUAGAGGUCGAGUGUUCAGAGCACUGAAAGAAACAUUCCCGACGAACGUGGAUCCAGCCAAUAUUUUGAUUGAACCACUCGGACUGGAGGAAAAUCCCAGAUCCUUUGUUUCGAGGUCUCAUCAAACGUGGAUGAAUGUCACAGGUAAUGAUCCAGAAAAAAAUCUUAUGGACAAAUCGAUUUUGAGAGGCAAAAUCCUGAUGGGGUUACCGUUGCCAGUACGAAGCAGAUUGGCAGAGGUGGUUGGCCUUGGAAACAUGAAGAAGAGUGUGUACACAGAUCAUAUAGCCCACCGGGUGGAGCUGUAUCGGAAGAAGGGGGACGAUCUGAAAGAACAAGAUCGAGAGACCCUCAGGAAACUUCAUGAAAUACAACUGGUGAGUGACAAGGCUGAGAAGAAGCAGGCCCUGAUGAAGAAUCAGGUCCCACCAAAUCAACCUGCACCACAACCGGAGCCGAAUCAAGCUGAGUUCCAGUCGUUCGAGCCAUAUCCAGUGAUUCAAGUUGCCUUCUACCAACAGCCAGUCUUUGAUUAUGAACAAUAUUGGACCGGUAGUGAACUUGAAGGUCAAUAUUACACUCAAGGAUGUGACUGUAAUGAAGAAAGAUGCGUCUGUAAUUAUUAAACAGGUGGAGACAGAUUUUCACGAUGGCACGAAGCGUGUCUAGCUGAAAAUAAAAUAGUGCUCAAUAAGUUGCCAAGCAAAAUGCUAAUAAAAUGUGUCUAUAAAACGGUGAAAACAAUUUUAGAGAAAAACUAGGAGUUAAACAGCAUCUUGGUGCGAAAGAAUACACAUUUUAUUUAGAUCUUAUGAUUCUUAGAAUCCUAAAACAUUUUUGAUUUGAUUUUUUGCUCUUUCGGAACUCUGAAGAGUUCCGAGUGGGGAAUUGAGAUGAAAUAAAUGACAAUAUAUUUAGGGACAAAAAUGUUGAGUGAUAAUUCAUGUUUGAUGUUUUGAUUUGCAUCUGUUCUGUAUGCAAGAUACUGGUUCUCUUCUGUCAUUUUAGAGGAACCACUGUGAGGUGAUGGAGUGCUGAGGGACUCCAGUGUUGAAUGAAACCAGCCUCUCAAAACGUGAACAUGACGAGUGACCUGAAGAACUUUGAACGAGAACUGGUGAUGAGACAUCCGGAUCAUCGGGGAGACGAGUGUCAAGGCUGCUGAAGAACUGCAGUGAUGUCUUCUCGUAUAUGAAAUAUUAGUGAUAUUAAAAAUGAAUUUUCUUGUUUAGGUGUUAAUUGUUGGGGAAACUAUAUUUUCUGUUGUUUGGUGAAUAUAAUGGAAUCUCAGAUGUUCUCUUUUCGUGACGUUCAGGGACAGAGGUGAUUAGGCAGGGAUAGGUCCAUGGGGAGAGGCGAUGGGUUGACCAACUUGAUCCUGGACAUUAUUAUUUCGUUAUUAUUUGCUGAGAAAUUCCAGGUGUAUUCGUUUGAAUCAUUUCCCUACACAAUUUGCUAAACAUUUCCUAUUUCAGUGGUAUGGAGUUUGAUGCAAGGUUGCCUUGGCAGAGGGACCGUGAAAGAAUUUUCCUGUCUACAUUGUUUAAUUGAUAUUGCAAGAAAAGAUAACUGCCCGACAGGUUUUUCAAUUUCACAUAUAAAUACUUCAUUUUACACCACUGUUACACUUCAUACAGUCACAGUAAUGUUAGAACUUUACUGUAGGACGGGGUGGUAUUUUUGUCAUGAUAAUACACCUGUAUGUUUGCAUUGGUUGUUUGUUUGUUGUCGAGAGUUUAUUAACUCUCGAAGGGAGGUAUAUGUCGUGUAUUUUGCAUUACAGCUCUUAAAGAUUCCAGAGGCCCACAAGGUGUCCAUGGUAUAGAAUACCAUUGCUUAGAGCUGGACCAGAUGGUUUACAUUAGGUAGCAUGAGAUCAUGGGAGGGGGGGCUAGAAGCCCGCUCGAAACCAUUGCCAGCCCAUAGAUUCGAACAUGACGCCUCCUCUUUCCUCUGUCUAUAUAACCCGUGACAACAUGAUAAACCAUUGAACUUUCUCAUCCGGACCCUGAAAGUUUCCAGUCAUUCUAGAUGUCUGUCUUCGGCCUGUACCUUGUAGAAUAAACUUUGUGUUCUUAUCAA